AUGGCCAGAUAUAUGAAAGAGGUGCAAACCAGGAAUCAAACAGAAGUGACAGAAUUUAUCCUCUUAGGACUCUCAGACAAUUCAGAGCUACAAGUCAUCCUCUUUGGAUUGUUUCUGUUGAUCUAUAUGGCAACCAUGGUGGGUAAUUUGGGGAUGAUUGUGUUAAUUAAGAUGGAUCCUUGUCUCCACACCCCCAUGUACUUUUUUCUCAGCAGUCUCUCCUUUGUUGAUGCCUCUUACUCUUCUUCUGUCACUCCUAAGAUGUUGGUGAACCUCGUGGCUGAGAGGAAGGCCAUUUCUUUUAAUGGAUGUGCUGCCCAGUUCUAUUUCUUUGGCUCCUUCCUGGGGACUGAGUGCUUCUUGUUAGCUAUGAUGGCAUAUGACCGCUACGCAGCCAUUUGGAACCCUUUGCUGUAUCCAGUUCUCAUGUCUGGGAGGAUUUGCGUCUUGCUAGUGGCUACCUCAUUCCUAGCAGGUUUUGGAAAUGCAGCCAUACACACAGGAAUGACUUUCAAAUUGCCCUUUUGUGGUUCCAAUAUCCAUGGCUGA